AUGGCGUAUCCUCAGGGCUACUUGUACCAGCCGUCCGCUUCUUUAGCCCUGUAUUCAUGCCCUGCGUACAGCACCAGCGUUAUAUCGGGACCCAGAACCGAGGAACUUGGGAGAUCCUCUUCGGGAUCUGCUUUUGCACCCUAUGCCGGAUCUACAGCGUUCACCAGCGCCUCGCCAGGCUACAACUCCCAUUUACCAUACAGUGCAGACGCGGCGGCAGCUGCCACAUUCACCUCGUACGUGAGUUCGCCCUAUGACCACACCACGGGUAUGGCUGGCUCAAUAGGAUACCACCCUUACGCAGCACCCUUGGGUACCUACCCUUAUGGUGACCCAGCAUACCGUAAAAACGCGACCCGGGACGCCACCGCCACCCUGAAGGCCUGGCUGAACGAGCACCGCAAAAAUCCCUACCCAACCAAGGGAGAGAAGAUCAUGCUGGCCAUCAUCACCAAAAUGACCCUCACCCAGGUGUCCACGUGGUUCGCCAACGCCAGGAGGAGGCUAAAGAAGGAGAACAAGAUGACCUGGACCCCCCGGAACCGGAGCGAGGACGAGGAGGAGGACGAGAAUAUUGAUUUGGAGAAAAAUGACGACGACGAGCCAACCAAGCCCACCGACAAGGGAGACUCCACAGACACAGAAGCAGGGGACAUUGGCUGUGACAGAUUUAAAGAGGAGAACCAUGGCAAAGACACGGAUCCCCUUCUGAGCGACUCGGAGUUAAAAGAACAGGAGGAGCGGACUACAGAGUUGCUGCCGGAUUCCGCAAAACCAACUACUUCGUCUCCCUCGGCGGUGCCCCGGGGGAACCAGACCAUUGCGCAACAAGACAAGCCGUCAGAUUUGAGCCAUGCAACGGGUACGGUGACCAGCAACGUGACCUCUGUUAUCCAUUCGCCCCCUUCGGCCCCUAAACCCAAACUCUGGUCCCUUGCGGAGAUCGCCACGUCCUCAGACAGGUGUAAGGGCAGCAGCGAGGCACCACAGGCUUGCCCCGGUUUGGGUCAGAGCGCAGUUCUGGGCACCAACGCGUCACCAUCACGGUCCUCCCCACAGUGUCCACUCCCAAACAGCACGGUCCUGUCCAGGCCUCUGUAUUACACCUCCCCUUUCUACCCCGGCUACACGAACUAUGGUGGCAGUUUUGGACACCUUCACAGUAACCACGGCUCGGUAACCACGGGCUCCACGGCACAUUUCAAUGGAUUAAACCAGACUGUGUUAAAUAGAGCAGAGGCUUUGGUAAGGGAGAGCCAGAAAGUCAGAGGCCAAACGCAGGUAGAUCUUUGUAAAGACUCCCCUUAUGAACUAAAGAAAGGUAUGUCAAACAUUUAACACCUGA